AUGAACACUUUCCUAUUCGUCUGUAUGGCAUCCGCCGUAGUUAUCUCUGCCAACGCUGCUGGAUACAACAAUAUGUACAGUGGCAUGAAUGGUAUGAACGGAAUGAAUAACGGUUAUGGAAUGAAUAACGGUUACGGAAUGAGCAAUGCUGGACGUUACAAGCGUGCUGCCUAUGGUAUGGGCGGAGGAAUGAGUGGUAUGGGAAUGGGCGGUAUGCCAGGUAUGGGAAUGGGCGGUAUGAUGGGCGGAAAAGGAGGAAUGGGUGGUAUGAUGGGCGGUAUGCCAGGUAUGGGAAUGGGCGGCAUGGGCGGUAUGAUGGGCGGUAAAGGAGGAAUGGGCGGUAUGAUGGGCGGUAAAGGAGGAAUGGGCGGUAUGAUGGGCGGUAUGCCAGGUAUGGGAAUGGGCGGUAUGGGCGGUAUGAUGGGCGGAAAAGGAGGAAUGGGCGGAGGUAUGGGCCAUGGAAUGGGCGGAAUGGGCGGUAUGAUGGGCGGAAAAGGAGGAAUGGGCGGAGGUAUGGGCGGUAUGCCAGGUAUGGGAAUGGGCGGUAUGGGCGGUAUGAUGGGCGGCAAAGGAGGCAUGGGCGGAGGAAUGGGUCACGGAAUGGGAGGAAUGGGCGGUAUGCCAGGUAUGGGAAUGGGCGGUAUGGGAAUGGGCGGUAUGCCAGGUAUGAUGGGCGGCAAAGGAGGCAUGGGCGGAGGAAUGGGCGGAGGAAUGGGCGGAAUGGGUGGCCGUUACUAG